ACAUCACUCGCUCCGCAGGUUAUAACACAGAAAGCCCGAAGCGACUGCGACCAAACCAACCCUUAAGAGAUGAGAGGGCAGCCAACGGCUCCGCCCACUUACUCAUUCGCUCCCAAUCAUUGGCAUCUCCGCGAGAGGCGGAAAACUAGCCACCAGGAGAGAACGCCUAUUGGGUGAAGGCCCCGUUUAUCUCUUCUAUUGCCUCGGCCCCUUUCGAACCUUACAUUUACUGGGUAGCAAAAGAGAAAGUAAGUAUGUUGCAGCUGGAGAUCAAUGAAGCUAAGUGAAUGGUGUACAUAAAUCGAUCACCGCAGCCGCGCGCCAGGUGCUGAAGGAUAUCCAUUCAUUUAUGAAAGGACGCUUGAGUUCCUUUGGCUUCCCAUUCUCAGCCUCCUCAUGCCUCCUUCUCCACUAGACGACAGGGUUGUAGUGGCACUCUCCAGGCCCGUAAGACCUCAGGAUCUCAAUCUUUGCUUAGAUUCCAGCUACCUUGACUCUGUUUCCUCCGCCAGUGAAAACCCUGUGAGUCUCCUCAGCACGGCUGUUGUGUCCAUCAAGGCUGCUAAUCUGACGUAUAUGCCCUCAUCCAACGGCUCUGCCCGCUCCUUGAGUUGUGGAUGCAGCAGUGCCAGUUGCUGCACUGUGGCAACAUACGACAAGGACAAUCAGGCCCAAACCCAAGCCAGCACCAGCAGCAUCUCUGCCAGCAUAGGAACCUUGACUACUUGCUCAGCAAACCAAAUGGUCAACAACAAUGAGAACAUUAGCCCUCUGAGUCCAUCAGGUGGUGUGGGGAAUCCAGUCUCAGGUCCAACAAAGCAACUGGCAAGCAUCAAAAUCAUCCAUCCCAAUGACCUGGCAAAAAAGAUGACCAAAUGCAACAAAAGCCACCAAGGCCCAGUCAUCAUUGAUUGCCGGCCUUUCAUGGAGUACAACAAAAGCCACAUCCAAGGGGCUGUUCAUAUCAAUUGCUCUGAUAAGAUCAGUAGGAGAAGGCUUCAGCAGGGCAAGAUCACUGUCUUGGACUUGAUCUCUUGCAGAGAAGGCAAGGACUCCUUUAAAAGAAUCUUUUCCAAAGAAAUAGUUGUUUAUGAUGAAAAUACUAAUGAGCCAAGCAGAAUAAUGCCUUCACAGCCAUUGCACAUAGUGCUAGAGUCUCUCAAGAGGGAAGGCAAGGAACCGCUGGUUCUGAAAGGUGGGCUCAGCAGUUUUAAGCAGAACCAUGAAAACCUCUGUGAUAAUUCCCUCCAGCUUCAGGAGUGUCCUGAAAGCGGAGGUGGAGGUGCCGCAGUAACCUGUACACUACCUCAGUCCAUUGCUACCACUCCAGACAUUGAGAAUGCCGAGCUCACCCCCAUCUUGCCCUUCCUCUUUCUCGGCAAUGAACAUGAUGCUCAGGACUUGGAGAAGAUCCAGAGGUUGAACAUCGGCUAUGUAAUCAACGUCACCACUCACCUCCCUCUCUACCAUUAUGAGAAAGGUUUGUUCAGCUACAAACGUCUCCCUGCCACGGAUAGCAACAAGCAGAACCUCAGACAGUAUUUCGAAGAGGCUUUUGAAUUCAUUGAGGAAGCUCACCAAUGCGGUAAGGGUCUUCUUAUCCACUGCCAGGCUGGGGUGUCUCGUUCCGCCACCAUUGUCAUUGCAUACCUUAUGAAGCACACAAGGAUGACUAUGACAGAUGCCUAUAAGUUUGUCAAAGGCAAGAGACCAAUCAUUUCUCCCAAUCUUAAUUUCAUGGGGCAGUUAUUGGAGUUUGAAGAAGAUCUGAACAAUGGAGUCACACCACGAAUUCUUACACCAAAGCUGAUUGGGGUUGAGACUGUUGUGUGACAUAAAAGAACCAAAGGAGAGGGUUUUUCUUUUUUUAAAAAAAACUUUCCACAGACUGGGAAGCAUGGGUGAUUCUUUUCUUUUCAGCUUUACUAGGGAAAGCUUAUUUUUUUUUAAAAAAAACUUCUUUUUUGAAAGUCAUCACAGAAUUUGCGCAGAAUGCCAUUGCAAAUCCAUUCUCAAAGGAAUGGAUGAAGAAGAAAGGCUUAAAAAGAAACCAGCUUUUUAAAAUUGAUGUUAUGAGAAAAAAAAACUCCCUGGAUAUUAUUUAGAUUUUUUGUUUUUUUGAGGGAGUGGGUGGUUCAGCUACUUGUAGAGAUUAUAACUAAGUAGUCUGUGCAGGUUCAUAGACUGAGAACAGCUAUAUUAUUUUUUUAAAAAAAAUAAUGACACAACCAGCCAAAAUAAUAGCAAAAAGACUAGAUCCACAGGCCUUGUGUUUGCAAAAACUUUACUAAACAAAACCUAAUGAAAAUGCUUGCUGGUGCAAAGGUGAUCAGAGCAGCUUAAAUUGUUUGCAAAUCAUGUCUCACCCUUCUGGCUAGAGAACACCUUUUUAUUUUCUUUUAUGUUUCAUCUUCUGGUACUAUUUUUCUAUUUGGGUUGUGGGUAGGAGGGGUAGGACAUUAAACACCAAGGGACAUGACCAUUUAAUGCCAUAUGCCUUUAUUGGCUUCUUGUGCAAUAAUAGUUUUUGGGAAUGAAAUGCAUUUUUAUUUUGAGUGUUCAAACCAAUUAUUGCGGGCUACCCAGUAAUAAUACUAUUUUUUUUAAGAAAUAGUGCAAAGAUUACUGACUUGAUAUAGAAGCAGGAACACAACAAAAGCAAUUAUUCCCCCUCCCCCUUUUCUGGUUCUAGCAAUGGUGCCAUAAACCUUGUUACAUAUGUAUAUCAGAAUGUACAAAGAUUAAGAAUAAGCAAAGUUUAUUUAAAAUAUUUUUUCGCACAAAAUACUGGCGUGUUUCUGUUUAUGUAAAAAAAUAUAUUGAUUAUAAAAUGAAGUGUUUUAGAAUUGUGAGUGUGUGUGUGUCCUUUUUAUUAUUUCUUUAAUAAAAUAACUUAGCUAGUUUAGCUUUCAAUUUGUAACAAGUAUGAAAGAGCAUGUGGACCUGGAAUUGACUGCAUGUAUUUUGCCCAGAUAACUUAUCCAUGAUGUAUCAGAUGGCUCCUUUCUCACUUAUAGCAGCCUUGUUCAGGCACAGCAGUCUUUUCUAAUUUAAAUGUGGUGUAUUGAACUAAAAUAGAGACUUCUGCCUCUGUACUGUCUUCUCUUUUCAACACUUGAAUGCCAUAUUUCUGGUUUGAUCUGAGAUAUUCACAAAAGAGAAGGAAUGAAUCCAGGAGGGAAGGCUUGUACAUUCUUGGUUUGAUCAAGAUGACAUCUGACAACUGGUCAGUGUGCCUGCAGCAUCAACACCCAGAAGGGGUGUUGAGCCAGCUUGCCAUUGACACACAAUAAUUCACAAUAAUGCACAUGUGUGGCCCGAUACAUACAGAACAAAUAUCAAAAGCCAAUGGCAGCUAUAGGACCUUUAGAUGGGGUUUUCAUCAAGGGUUCUCAUCAGUCUGAAGAUGGGAUCAGGCUCCUGAAGUGCACUUUGUUUUCUCAUUUCUUCUCUUUUCAUUUUUCCAUUGAAAAGGUAUUUUGCACGUUUUCAACUUAAGUAUUUCUCAGGGAAUUGACUUUAUUUUUCUGAAGUGAAAGUGCAAAGUGAGGAAAAGAAAAGUAAUAAUGGAGAAAAAAACAGUUGUUUCAGAGAAUGCAUAGGUAUAGAUGUCCUUGUUUCUAGGGGUCUUUUUUUGCCAGUUUUUAAUUCACAAAAGUGAAUAACUCUCACACUAACAGAAUGAGUGCACUGAUUCCUAGGGGGCUGCACAAGAGGUGGGAGAAUCACAAAGCAGAUAAAAAGUUGAAAAUUUGCAGAAACUUCAUGUCAUUUUUCUUAAUUAAGUAGUGAAGUGGCAGCAUAUGAAGUUCUGGGGCAGACUUAACUAACUUUCAUUUUGCAUCAUAAGAUCUAUUUAAAUGUCAAAAAGAGCGCAGAUUCAGUUGCGAUUCCUAAAUGGGGAACUGUAAAGGCAGAAAUAAAAUGGAGGCAUCUCUCAUGGACUUAUGAUUCAUUCUCAGGAAAUCAUCUAAAUCUUUGUUUUCCCUUUAUUUUAUUACCUACAAAUUGAAUACCCGUGUUUGGAAUAGUAACUAUUUGAAUCUUCUCGGGAGAAAUCCUUUCAGCUUUUAGUCCAUUUCACUUUGGAAUAAUAUCUAUGUUUAUUUUUUGUCAAGGUCAUGUCAGUUGUGAAAUCAGACAUUGUAAAUUCUGUUUUACUACUGACUUCAUUAGCAGUGCUAGUUUUUCGUAAAUGAGGGCUCCCAUUUUACAGCAUAAUCCUGCUAUUGGUUGAUGGAAAGCUUUGGCAGAAUAAAAGUGGAAUAAAGUACUCUGUAAGUGCCAUUCAAAUGUGUUUUUUCUUGUGCCCCUUUCAUUCAUUUCUGUGGAGUGUACAGAAUACCUGAUGGUAAGUCGUGCCUUUUAUUAAGAUUAGUUAUAUAGAGAGACAGAUGUAUGUAUUAACUGUACUUUUGUCAAACAGAAUUGUUAUUAAACAUAUAUUUUUUUCAAUAUUUGGUACAUUUUAUUAAAAUAUUUUUCUACAA